AAAGUUUUCGGACAAUCAUCAACAAAAAUGAAAUUCCUUAUUGUUUUUCUCGCGGUCUUCGCCAUUGCCUUGGCAGCUCCUACUCCCGAUCAUGAAGAACAUCACGAUCAUGCUGAGAUUCUCAAAUUGGAUGCCGAAUUUAAACAUGAUAGCUAUGCUUUUGUAGCUGAGACCAGUGAUGGCUUCUCGCGUCACGAAGAAGGCAAACUCAAGGAAUUUCCCGGCGAUGAACACGAUCAUGAAGGACAUCAUGCCAUUGUGGUCCAUGGCACCUACUCUUACAAGGAUCCUCACGAUGGCAAGGUUUACACCGUUAAUUAUGUUGCCGAUGAGAAAGGUUUCCAACCAGUUGGCGAUCACAUUCCUAAAGUCUAAAUAUUCGAAAAAACACGAAGAAAAUGUGUUAACGAUUUAAACGAAUGUCAAUAAAAAAUCAAUAUAUAAUGUGA